CUUCUUGUCCUCAUGAUUCUUGAUUCUCAGAGAAACACACACAGCUCGAGGUGGAGAAAAGAUCAAUGGCGUCGAGCACCUACAUCUCUCUAUCUUCUUCUCCGCCGCUGCCAACGAGGGCAACCCCAUCUCCGAAGCUAAACCCACCGCCGUGCUGUUUGCUCAAGCUCAACCACCACUCCAAGAGCCAAUACCCACUUUCGUCUACCACUUUCUGCAAUGCCCAUUCGUCGAAAGCAUCGAUCUUGGCCGUGAAAGCUUCCAAAACCGACGCUCAGGCGGCCGGCGACGAGGAAAAAUUCGAAGAGUACGAGGUGGAGUUGGUGCAGCCGUACGGUCUGAGAUUCGCAAAGGGUAGAGACGGCGGGACUUACAUAGACGCCAUUGCGCCGGGAGGGUUUGCUGACAAGACUGGCGUCUUCACCGUUGGCGAUAAAGUUGUGGCCACCAGUGCAGUUUUCGGGGAAGAAAUAUGGCCUGCCGCUGAAUAUGGAAGAACCAUGUACACUAUUCGACAGAGAAUCGGCCCUCUGCUUAUGAAAAUGCAGAAGAGAUAUGGAAAGAUGGAUAACACGGGCGAAUUGAGUGAAAAGGAAAUUCUCAGAGCCGAGAGGAACUCCGGUAAUGUUAGCCUCAAAUUGAGGGAAAUCCAAAUGCAAAACUACUUGAGGAAAAAAGAACAAAAAGAACAGAGAGAGAAAGAUCUUUUUGAAGGAUUGAAGCUUUACAAGAGUGGAAAAUACGAAGAUGCUUUGGAAAAAUUCGAGUCGGUAUUGGGAUCGAAACCGGAGCAAAACGAAGCUGCGGUAGCGAGUUACAAUGUAGCUUGCUGCUAUUCAAAGCUUAAUCAGCUACAAGCUGGACUUUCGGCGCUAGAGGAUGCUAUGAAAGAUGGUUUUGAAGACUUUAAGAGAAUUCGGGCAGAUCCCGACCUUGAAAACGUCAGGAAAUCGGAGGGUUUCGAGUCUCUUAUGAAGAAAUUCGAUGAAUCGUUUAUCAACGAAAACGCCAUCAAUGCUAUCAAAUCUUUAUUUGGAUUCAACAAGAAAUAAAAGCUGGAUUGAGAACGCAAUUUCGAAGAAUAUUGUAUAACGAGUGAGCUGCUGAGCUGUAGAAAAGAGAGCUCCCAGAUAAUCGGAUAAUGUAUAUAGGACUAGCUCAGUCGAAUACUCGCUAUCAUUUUUUUUUUUAAUUUUCUUUAAAGAGUUAACGAUUGUUUCUUUCAAUUGCAUCCGUUACACUUGUAUCUGCUCUCUUUGUACUAUUAGAAUCUCGUUCGUAAAGUUUAAGAAGGAAUAAGAUAAUACCAUUUGUGAAAA